GGCAUGGGGAUUAAGUUCCGUGAAAGCACACUUCUCAUUGGCCCCAAGACUACAACCACUGCAAAGAAAGGACAAGUUUUUAAUGUCAACCUGGGCUUCUCUGAUAUUACCAAUGAAUCCGCCAGUGAUGCCGGCAGCAAGAAGUACGCUCUCUUUAUUGGGGAUACAGUGGUGGUCAACGAGGAUCAGCCAGCCACAAUAUUAACAGCAUCAAGCAAGAAGAAAUUGAAGAAUGUUGGUGUCUUCCUGAAGAUUACUGCUAACCAGAACUCUGAAAUCCGACAUCAAUAUUCACAUUCAGCUUGUGAUAUCUUCGACUUAACGAUGGGUUUGUUGGAACACGGCUGCAGUCUGUCAAGGAGCACCUGUAUUUGUGUUAGAGGUAGGUCAGAUGUUAUUUUGUUUUGUUACUAAAUUGAAGUAAUGGUUGUUCUCCAUCUGUCACACAUCAGUACAUCUUAUACCUUUGAUGAGUUUUGAGAGUUUCACUAUUCUCGGAGCUCGGCCAUGGGCCAGGCACAUAUAAUAUUGUUCCUUAACCCUUU